CUCUCUCUCUGCGUACUCUGUAGCUUCACCUCACAGUUCAAUUAAUCCCCAAAUCUUCAUCUUUUAACAGUGCCAUUUAAUUUCAGCCUUGCUUUCCCCAUCAAUGGCGUCCAUCAACUUCGGCCCCUUCGCCGAAAACUGGUUCAAGAAACCCCCCAACCCUUUCCAACCCAUAAACCUAGCUUCACUUACUGAUAACCCCUUCUCCAAACCCUCUCCCAAAACCCCAACCAGCUUCUUCGCAUCCGUCUCCACUUCUAGGAAACCCAAAAACCCGCCCCCCAAACCCGGAAGGUACCGCCAAAUGCUUGACCAGUUCUACUGGGAAUGCGAAAACCUCCCGGACCAUAGACACACUCCAGAAGUCGAGCGAACACUGACCCAGGACCCGCUUCUCGAGCCCAAGGAAAACCCCACUCCGGAAGAGAUUGAAGAGAACAAGAAGUGGUGGGAAGAGUUUCGGGCCAGCCCGGUGGUCCAGUUUCUGGAGCGGGCGGAGGAGAUUGCCGACAAGGUUAAUGAAUUGGAGCUCAAGGAGAACGAGAAGCCUUACCGGAGAGAAGAUGCCAAGCUGUGGAAGGCGUUGCCAAAUGUGAUUGGGCUGGAUGGCCGGCCGAUGCCAAGGAAGGCGAUUAGGACACAUAGGGAAUCGGACGACAAGUUCUGGGAUUUCGCGAGGCAGUUCUUUUUCGGGCUCUGGGGUUUCCGGCAGCGGCCGUACCCGCCGGGGAGGCCCAUUGAUGUUGCUCAGGCCAUUGGGUACAAAAAGCUCGAGGAUCGGUAUUAUGACUUUGUUAUGAGAAGUGGUGGUUGGUAUUACAAGGACCGAUUGGGUCAUACAAGGGGACCAAUGGAGCUUAUACAACUUAAGACAGCAUGGGGCGGUGGAAUAAUAGACAAACACACUUUCAUCUGGGGUGAAGAUAUGGACGAAUGGGCACCAAUUGGCAUGGUUUAUGGAUUAGAACGUGCAAUAGCCACUUGGGAAGUUAGGCUAGGUGCUGCAGCAACAGCUUUCCUUCACAAACUGCAGAAGGGUAUACCUCCAUGGGUUCCUCUGAAGGGCCAUGGGAACAAAACCUAUAAGCAGCUCCAGGAAGAAGCUAUUGAGAGUAAGAGACGUGAUUUAGCUGUGCUAGAAGCUAAUGGUGGUAUUUGGCCUGGUGUAAGAACUCCCAGUCAUGCACUAUUUCUUUGGGCUAGUGGUUCUGAACUUUCAUCAAUUUUGGAAGCUGAUCACAUGCCAAAUAAAUACAUCCCGAAAGACCUUAGGCUUCAGUUGGCUAAAGCUAUUCCUGGGCUGAGGCCAUGGGAGGUUUUAAGCGUAGAGCAAGCUAUGGAUCAGAUAACAUAUGGUGGUCAGUGGUAUCGUGAACCUCUUGGUACGUACACAACAGGUCCUCCAUACAUCAGGCAUUGGAAUAAGGAUGUGCUGAGAAUGUUUAGGAUUUUCUAUGAUCUGAGCGUGAAAGUAUACAACCACCUGGCCCGGACGAUCCCAGGUUUCAGCACAGUGAUGGAGAAAGUGCACGCAGAUGCAGCUUUACGAGAUGCCAGGCGCAAGGCGAAGCGGGAAGCGCGGAAGAAAGCCGAGGAUGAGAGAAUAUUUGGUCGCGGCCCCCUUAAUUAAGGGGGAGAGAGCUCUAAUUAGAAAGCCCGCCCUUCUCUCUGGUAGAUUGCACUGUUAACGCUUCAAAACCUCGUCUUCCUCAAUCACCAUUGGGAACCCAGGAUGAAGAUUGAUCCGAAUUUUCAAACUCAGGGAACUGGAAGAAAUCGCUAUCUGUUCAUUGCUACAAAGUGGGAACCAGCUGCCUGAGUAAUUUACUUCUUUCAUAUUUUCUUUCACAGGGUAGGGUGUGGAUGCUCUUGGAAUACAAUAUAUAUGUUUUCCCCUUGAAGUGCGAACUCUACUUUGUAACGGGUUGCCAUUAAACUGCCGUUCUUUUCAUUC